AUGUGGCUUUAUUUCAACUGUGCAGGUACCUUGCGGAUGAUACUCAUCGUCCUCUCCCUGCUGCCACACCUCACCUGCAACAUGUCCUGCCCCAGCAGCUGCCUCUGUUAUUCUACAGGUGCUGUCAUGUGUAUUGGUUACAACAUCACAGACAUACCGAGGGAUAUGCCUGAGCACACAUACAUGCUGCUGCUCAAUGACACAAACAUGAAUGUCAUAAAUGAGCGAAGCCUCGAAAACCGGGACCUACUUGUGCGCCUUGGUCUAUCUAACAGUCAUCUACACACCAUCCAUCCCCAGGCCUUCCAAGUCGCUCCACGGCUCAAGUCUGUCAAGCUGUCUUCCAAUGAUCUCUCUACCCUUCCUGCUCGAGUUUUCAGUCCACUGACCACUCUGGAGCAACUCCAUUUAGAUGGGAACCAGUUGGAGACUAUUGCUGCGGAUAUGUUCGAAGGACUUGUGGAGAUGUUGGAUCUGGACUUGAGCCGUAACAAACUGACUAGUCCUGCUUCAGAUGUUUUCAGUGGACUGACCAACCUCACCUUUCUGAACCUUUGUAGGAACUCCAUAAAAAAGUUCCCUCCUACCAUCUUUCACUCCUUGACUAAACUUCGCAGUCUCGCGAUCUAUAACAAUGAGCUAGAGGACUUGGAAGAUGGGAUCUUUGAUGGACUUGUCAACCUUGAGGAGCUAAAAAUCCACCAUAACCAGAUUUCACGUCUUCCACCUCAGGUGUUCUGGUCACUGAGGAAUCUAAAGGUCCUAACUCUUUCCUCCAACCAACUUCACGCUAUCCCAGACAAAAGCUUCUACAACAUGCCCAAGAUGACCCAGCUUACCAUUUACAACAACCCCUUAUUAUCUCUACCAGAGCAGCUGAUGGGCCACAUGCCUGACAUAAGGCAGUUUUAUCUGUAUGGCACUAACCUCACCACUGUUCCUGGAAAUUUGUUUGCUAAUAUGUCGGGGCUGCUGAGUCUCAACUUACAUUUUAACCACAAGCUGAGAGAGUUGCCAUCAAACCUCUUCUGCUGUCUUCCCAACCUUCACAAGCUCUCGCUGAAAUCCAAUGACCUCUAUCAACUCCACCCACAUCUGUUUUCCAGACUAACCGCACUGGCCAUAUUACUUCUCAAUGACAAUAAGCUUCAGAGCCUCCCAGACAAAUUAUUUCAGGGACUUGGAAGGCUUUCAACAAUUGAUUUGAUGACAAACGAUCUCAUGACUCUUCCAGGAGAUAUUUUCUCAUCAAAUAGAGCUUUGGGGAGUCUUACUCUGAGUGAAAACCCUUGGGACUGUACUUGUAGUAUCAGAGGUAUUGCUCGAUGGAUAAGACUUAAUGAGCACACAGUUCUUGACAAAGAAAAUGUGAUGUGCCAUAGUCCACAUCACCAUCUGCUUCUCACUCUUGGCUCUCUGCGUGAUGAGGAGUUCAACUAUUGCGAUGCCACACCCAGCUCAGAAACAUUAGCUGUAACUUCAAUGACAACACCAUCUACAACAACAACAUCAACCACUCCAAGAACCCAACCAAUUACCAUCCCCAGGACCACCCCACCAACAGCACAUACCAAGACCCCAUCGACAUCCCUCCACACUCCCACCACUGUCCAACCUGAUAAAAAGUUUUUCACUGCUGAUAUUCCCUUGGCUCCUAACAUAUCACCUUAUUUCUACGACAAAUUAGUGGUUGAGCAGGGGCCUGAGUUUGUUCACCACAGCUAUCACAAGGGUUGGGUGUAUGUGUGGUUUCUGCCCUCAGAUACGAGCCUGACUGUGUUCCUCAUGUUUUGUCACAUCCUCCUUGUGGUCACAGGCUUGCUCCUCAUUCUAGCUGCCAUAUAUGGUAUGUAUCGCCUUGGCAACACCAUGGAAGAAAUAAAGGCUGAACGGGCACAAAUUUAUGGGUAA